GGUUGUACCUGAGAUCUGUCAUGUGAUCGGCAAGCCACCCGUGGACCCCGCCGAGGUAACUACCCGAGUUGGAUAAGCUACCGGAGCCGCCAAACGUGUGGAUUUAGAGCAUUCAAGGGGUCGAUAUAAAUAAACAACAGGAAACUCCCAGGCUAUAUACCCUUAAACAUAUUCUUUCUUUUCGCCAACCGCCGGCAAAGGACGUGUUCCGUUUUCCAUUUUCCGUUUCCUUUUUCCUCGAAGACUACCGAAGUCCUAGUUUUCUACAUCAGUAGCAAGCGAGAUCAUUGGUCCGAAGAUAUUAGCUCAGGGAAUUGAUUGUUGAAAGACCGACGCGCUUCAAUUCUUUGCUGCCGUGAAAGCAUCCGGGCCGCUCUACUGCAGAACAAUACCCGGAAAAAACAUUGCAAGAGGGAAUCUUGAAUUUUCCAUUAAGCUCAGCAUGCCGUUUUCACAUCAUAGCCAUUCCGGCCAGUUCUGCGAGGGCCACGCAAAGAACUCGCUGGAAGAUGUCAUUCGGACCGCCAUCUCAAAGAAGAUGCGCGUCUUUGCUUUGAGUGAGCAUAUGCCGAGAGAAGAGCAGGAUUUUUAUCCGGAGGAAAUUGAAGCGGGUGGCACCGAGGCGGCUCUAAUCGAGAAUGAAGCCGCAUAUUUCAAAGAAGCCCAGCGUCUACGUGAGAAAUAUAGCUCCGAGAUAAAUAUCCCCAUUGGAUUUGAGUGUGACUGGAUUCGGCCGAGUUCGUUGACGUGGAUCCACAACUCAUUGGCCAUGCUUCCAUUCGAUUUCUUUAUAGGUUCGGUCCAUCACGUACACACUAUCCCGAUUGACUAUGAUGUCCCCUUUUAUCAGAAAGCAAGAGAGAUUGCUGGGGGUACAGAUGAGAAGCUCUUUGAGGACUACUUUGAUGCACAGCUCGCCAUGCUCAAGGCGUUAAAUCCACCGGUUGUUGGCCAUUUUGAUCUGAUCCGCUUAAAAAGUGAUGAUCCCGAACGGAGCUUCAAGCAGUGGCCGGCAGUCUGGGAAAAGAUCCUGCGAAAUUUAGACUAUGUGGCAGGAUAUGGCGGGAUAUUGGAACUCAACUCCGCUAGUCUGAGGAAGGGAAUGAGCGAACCAUAUCCCAAGGCUGAGAUCUGCAAGGAAUUUCUCUCACGGAAUGGCCGAUUCUGCAUGUCGGAUGACAGCCACGGCAUUGACCAGGUUGCUUUCAAUUACCAUCGUGUGCUCGAAUUUGUAGAGCAGGUUGGCGUUUCCACCCUGCACUACUUAGAGUACUGCAGCGAGCUACCAUCAUCGAGCGACAGCUUCGAUCGGAGGUUCCCUCACAUUAGGCUGAACUCUAUCAGUCUUGCAGAUCUCAAACAGCUGGCCUUCUGGUCACAGCAAUAACUAGUGGUAAUCCCCGAAAGAAAAGGAAAAAAAAACCAUGACGACACCAAAAGACCCCAGUCCAACCCCAACCUGCAAACUACCCUUCCGUUCCCGGGGUAUCCCGUCCAAAGCGGUGGCAUAUGCAAGCCAAAGAAACGUUCCUGGUUGCAUGGUUUUCAAAUCUACUGCUCAAAUUUAGCCCUUAAAACAAAGUACAAUGUGCCUCCGCGUCCUGGUUUGUGGAACGUGCUGGCAUUCGCACAAGGUCUGAAAACGACAAGCUUGCAUUAUUUUUCUUCUUUUUCUCUUCUUCUUCCUUUGUUCUAGAUGUAGAUGACACAUACUCUACUCCGACUCAAGCAAUAGGCCGGUCAGGUUCCUUAUGUGGACGGGAUGACUUGACCCGAACCUUAAUAUUUAACCGAUGCCUUUAUCCGCUUGCGUGCAACGCCAUUGAGAAAAAGAAUAAGAGAAAAAGCAAUUGAGAAAAGAACCGAAAACAGCAGUUUGCUAAAUUCCCACUGAUGCCCCAAUCCAGAAAACAACCAUGCGCUAGUCUCCGUUCUUAGUGGGUCGGCUCAAAUUAUUCUUGGACGAUCGUUGUCAGUUCCCGGGCAGAGCGAAACCCGCUGGCAGGAUUAAAAAAAGAAAAGAGAAUAGAAGCGUGGCCAAAUCAUCACCCAAAAGUUUUGUAUGCAGCUUAGCUACACACGAGUUACAUGUGGUUAACCAAAGAAUCAUGACUGAUAAAACAAAGCAACGGAAGAUUUACCGAUAGAGAUAUUCAAAACCGCCCACAUGGGCAUCUUCCUUCUCCCGGCUUCAAAACUACACAUUACUCAUUAGUUACCAUCCCCUCUAUCAUGCUUGUUAAUUCUCCGCAAUCGGUUAAUCCUCAGCUUCCAACAGCCAAUCGGCGGAACAAUAGGGAAAAUGAGGUGUGUAGUUGUAGAUGUUUUUGUAGCUGCGGACCUUCCUAAUAAAUGUCCUUAAUCCCGCGGGGAUAUCUCAUAUCGAC